AUGGUGAGGGUAUCGCUGCUGGACUAUGGCGCUGGGAACAUCCGGUCACUGCGGAAUGCGCUGGUGAGGGCAGGAUGCGAUAUCGAGGAUGUGAAGACAGCAGACGACAUCAGUCAAGCACACAUCCUCAUCUUCCCUGGCGUCGGAAGCUUCGGGGUCUGCAUCGACAACCUUCAUAAGAAGGGCUUCUUCGAACCUCUCAAGGCAUACCUCAAGUCCGGCCGUGCAUUCUACGGAAUUUGUCUAGGAAUGCAGUCCCUGUUUGAAGGAUCGGAGGAGACGCCUGGAUUGGCAGGGCUCGGGAUCGUUCCCGGCAUCGUUGGCAAGUUCAGCGACACCUCCGUCAGCGUCCCUCACAUGGGGUGGAACAGCCUGAGGAUUCUGAAAGAUGCUCCGAUGAUGAAAGACAUCAAGCCGCUGGAAGAUAGAUUCUACUUCGUUCAUUCCUUUCGUGCCAUCCGCACUCCCGAGAACGCAGACUGGGUCUUGAGCGUGACAGACUAUGGGAACAACACCUUCAUCUCCUCGCUGCAGAACGGAAGAGUGUCCGCAUCUCAGUUCCACCCCGAAAAGAGAAGAACGAUGCUCGCGAAGCGAAUCAUUGCCUGUCUGGAUGUGCGUGAGAAUGACUCGGGGGAUCUUGUCGUCACCAAGGGCGAUCAGUACGACGUGAGGGAAAAGGAGGAGGGAGGUGAAGUUCGAAACUUGGGAAAGCCUGUCGAGUUGGCAAGGAGAUAUUCCGACGAUGGGGCUGACGAGGUCACCUUCCUCAACAUCACAAGCUUCCGCGGGGAUGUCGUCGAUGCCCCGAUGCUUCGCGUCCUUGAGCUUACAUCUGAGCAUGUGUUCGUUCCUCUCUGUAUAGGAGGAGGCAUCAGAGACUACACAGACAGCAAGGGAGUCUUUCACUCAGCGCUGGAUGUUGCGACCUCCUACUUCAGGUCGGGGGCCGACAAAGUCUCGAUAGGCUCCGAUGCUGUGUACGCUGCUGAGAAGUACCGAUCAACCAAGGGUCAAGGGAUGGGGAGUUCUUGCAUCGAGCAGAUAUCGAAUGUGUAUGGAUGCACAGUGAAAGGAGGAAGAGAAGUGAGAGACCUCGACGCCUUCGAGCUUGCGCAGGCGUGCGAGGCGUUGGGAGCGGGGGAGAUCUUGUUAAACUGCAUCGACAAAGAUGGGCAGAACAAUGGCUUCGACAUCGCGCUUAUCAGGCAGAUGAAAGCUUCUGUGUCCAUACCCGUCAUCGCAAGCUCCGGAGCCGGCAAACCACAGCACUUCAUCGACGUCUUUCAGGCCACCAACGCCGAUGCCGGUCUUGCUGCUGGCAUCUUCCACAGGAGAGAGGUCGGCAUCGACGAGGUCAAGGCUGCUGUCUCCUCGAGCGGGAUCCCAUGCCGAACAUGAAGGAGUGUGGGAGAUCGCAUUAUCAUCCUUUGAUACAGGAGAACAAAUUCUUUUCGAGUUUCUCACUGAUCUUAUUAAACCAUCAAACAGU